GGCAUAUUUUACAAAAGAAUACAUGGACAUCUUGGAGGAUAUAAAGUCGAAAAAAGUUCUCAACGUUGCGAAGAGGAAGAUUUCUGGAGGCAGGAUGGGUGGCGUGCGGAUUUCGGACAGCACAAACGAGAGCUGCAGGUCAGAAGUCCGCUCGAACUGUAAGACCGACGAUAUGAAGGCAUGGGUUACUUCGACCUUCGGAGAUUCACUGAAGUUAAUCACCCAGAAGCUUGAGGAAGUGGACUCCGAAUCCAAGCUGGUGGCCAUCGAGAAGGAGGAGCUAAUGCGACUAAGAGCGGAGAAGGCUGCCCUCAAGAAGGUCAAGAAGGAAGCGAGUAGCGAGAAGCGAAAGCGAGUGGCUGCUGUAGCGCCCGCUGCUGUGACGCCUGCCAACAACACGAAGUCCCAAUCGAGAGGAAGUUCGAAAGGGAGAUCGCGCCGAGUUGAAAUCUCUUCUAACGAGGAAGACAGUGAUAUCGGUCAGGUGCGACAAAACUUGAGUGAAAAACUGGAGAAGAGCAGUGACUUAUCCGAGGUGAAGAAGAUGCUGGCCUCGAUUGCACAAAGUCUCGGUCGCGAUCGCACAAAGUCUCGCCGACGUCAAAGGCAAGCAGCCGGCGGUGGAUCCUGAGGAACAGCCUGUCAAGGAGCAUGGAAUGGAGGAAGAGGACAAUGAAGAUGUGGAUGUUGC